GGUGAGGCUCAAACAAACCCCCCUGCCCGGCUGGCAUGCUCAAGGCAGCAGGCCCUUUACCUUGCAGCCUAACCUUCACCUACACAGGGAAAUGCCAAGCUAGGCCUUCCACUGUGGUGAGGCAGGAGCAGGUGCAGGGCUCCAGGCACGGCCUCCAUGCCGAGAACCAACCUCUCAGCAGUGUCCGAAUUCAUCCUUGUUGGCUUCUCCACCUUCCCCCACCUUCAGCUGAUGUUCUUCCUGCUGUUCCUGCUGAUGUACCUGUUCACACUGCUGGGGAACCUGCUCAUCAUGGCCACCAUCUGGGCCGAGCGCAGCCUCCACACGCCCAUGUACCUCUUCCUGUGCGCCCUCUCUGUCUCCGAGAUCCUCUACACCUUCACCAUCAUCCCACGCAUGCUGGCCGACCUGCUCUCCACCCACCACUCCAUUGCCCUCCAGGCCUGUGCCAGCCAGAUGUUCUUCUCCUUCACAUUUGGCUUCACCCACUCCUUCCUGCUCACGGUCAUGGGCUAUGACCGCUACGUGGCCAUCUGCCACCCCCUGCGCUACAACGUGCUCAUGAGUCCCCGUGGCUGUGCCUGCCUGGUGUCCUGGUCUUGGGUAGGUGGCUUGGUUAUGGGGCUGGUGGUGACAAUGGCCAUUUUUCACCUCACCUUCUGUGGACCCAAUGAGAUCCACCAUUUUGCUUGUCACGUGCCACCUUUGUUGAAGUUGGCCUGUGGUGAUAAUGUACCAGAUGUGGCCAAGGGUGUGGGCCUGGUGUGCAUCACAGCCCUGCUGGGCUGCUGUCUCCUCAUCCUCCUCUCCUACGCCUCCAUCGUGGCUGCCAUCUUGAGGAUCCCCUCUGCUGAGGGCCGGCAUAAGGCUUUUUCCACAUGCGCGUCCCACCUCACUGUGGUGGUCGUGCACUAUGGCUUCGCCUCUGUGAUCUACCUCAAGUCCAAGGGUCCCCAGUCUCUGGAAGGAGACACCCUGAUGGGCGUCACCUACACAGUCCUCACACCCUUCCUCAGCCCCAUUAUCUUCAGCCUUAGGAACAAGGAGCUGAAGAACGCUAUGAAGAAGACCUUCCUCAGCAAGCUCUACCCAGAAAACAUAUGACAGUCUGGGAGGAAUUCCUUGGAACAAGUGAGUUGGGUUACCUGAUGCUACCAUUAGAAAUGGCACCCUGUAGCCCUGGCUGGCAUAGCUCAGUGGAUUGAACAUGGGCCUGCAAACCAAAGGGUUGCCGGUUCGAUUCCAGUCUAGGGCACAUGCCCGGGU